AUGCACUUAUUCAUUAAUACCAGUUUAAUUGCAUUAUUAGUAGAGACUUUGGGGAUCGAGAUGAAGCCACAGGCUUACGGAGUGUGCACAUUAGUCCUUUUGUCUAUCCUGCCUAAUUGGAAUUUUCAAACGGAGGCAAAGAAUAACUAUGAUCUGCUGACGGAGAAUUUCACAUGCAGCACCCAGGAUAAGCACUCUAAGAUUAUCAAGGAACUCAACUGCGGUUUGAAUAAAAAUGCUAAACGCCGCACCUGGCACUUGGAGUUUGCGCUGAAACAGCAAGUCAAAGAGCACGAUUUUCUAAUGAGAAUUGUUCUGCCACGUCAGAGGCCUCUGACCGACUUUGUCCUCAUCGAUCUGACAACCGAUGGCUGCCAGUUGCUGGCCAAUCGCAACCAGGUGCCGCUCAUGCGACUCGGCCGGGACAUCAUGGACCGUUUCAGCAACUAUCCCAAACAGUGUCCCUUCAAGGCGAAUUAUUCCUACUACAUACGAGGCUUUCGCUUGGAUUUGAAUCUGUUACCAGCCGUAGAUAUGGAAACGCCAGUUAAUAUCGAGUUUAGUUAUCAGAGCAAACAGCAUGCACUCAAAUGGAUAACUGGGUACAUGGGGGCACGUGUUCAACGUAUUCCGGAAAAAAAGUCCAAAGGUUGA